AUGAGGCCUUCAAAAGAAAUCUUGGAUAGUUUUACUCAAUUAUCCGAAUUCGAUGAACUUAAACGACGAACGGCUGCUAAUACAUUACUUGAAAAGUAUUUGGUAAGUUCUUUUUAAAGCAGUUCUUUCUGCCUUUUCAAUAGAAUUUUGUUUCUCCUUUCAAAACAACAUUUGAGAAGUUGAUUUUUUACCAGGAAGUUGAAGCCGUCGAAGUAAGAAAGUAUUGCCUAGAGAGGUUGAUAGCUGGCUUGGGAUCAAGUAGAGCUGCUUCGAGAAUUGGGUCGGUCUUUUCUUUUAGUUGGAGCUUAGCAACUUUUUUAGGUACUCUACUGCACUAUUUUUGUUAUUAACCAAAGGGGGAUAUAACUGGUCCCUCGAAGAAGUUUUCGAAGUGGCGGAUAGAAAGUUGGAUACGAGUGAUAAGGUUCAUAGAAAGCUGAAGAUUUUUAAUGUUCUUUUCAGAACUCCGGCAUUGCAAAUGCAAUCGGCCAAUUUCUUCUUUUAGCGGCUCUAGCUGAUUCGCAUUUCUCAAAAGACGAGGUCGGCGUUUUUUCUUUCGAAAAAUAUAAAAAUUAGCUUUAGGAUUUGUCCACGAUUCUGAAACGAGUUUUCGCUAUCCAAAAGUCGCAUCAGUUCCUGUCUUUCCCAGUGUGCAAGUUGAUUGCUGAUUUGUCUGCAAAAGGAUCCUCCAAAAGUAAGCUCAAUAUCUCUCUUAUUGAAAUUUUAAUUUUUUUAUCCCAGAUUGUUUUAACAUAUGCUGAACUGAAGUGGAAGUCGUAUUCCAGCAAAAAUAACGCGGAAACCAUUUAUUUGGCGUUGUUGUUGAGGAAAAAGUUUGCAAAAACGAUUUCUCAAAGUAUCCCGUUUGUGAAGGCCAGCGGAGCACUGAUCCUAGACAAAGAAAGCUAUAAAAAAAUUCUACUUUCCUUGAAGGUAUAAAAAUAUAUAGAAAAACGUUUUGAUACAAUUGUAUAGGUUUGAUUCAGGAGUGUGACUCAGUAACGGCUCCAGUUCUGAUAGAAGUUCUUUUGGCUGCGGCUGUGGAGAGCGACGUGCUAGAAGGAGUUUAUUCGAGUGAGAUCGGACAUUUUUUUCUCGUUCUAAGCUCUUUUUGAAGAUAUUGUCGAACCGUGGACCACUGUUAACGAAGACAGCAAAUCUCUUGAGAGAACGCUCAAUGUGAUUCGAAGUUUUUGUGAAAAAAAUGGUCAUAUCAAGCAGGUAAUCGAUAAACUUAUCAGAAAAUAUACAAAAAUGGUCGAAGGUUGCAAUAUUUCUCACUCGCAACUUGCUGAACCGAGUCGAAUUGGUGAUGCGAGGAAAAGGACAACUUCGCCUGAUGAAACCGCAGGUUUUCCUUCAUUGAGCCUUUCUUGUUCUCGUUUUUAGGGUUUUUUCACUUCUUGCUUGUCUCGGGUUUUUUCUUUUUGCUUUCAUUGUUCUUCGGAGAAGCUUUUGACAUUCAUCGGGAACUGAAAAACGCAAUUAUUCUUUCUAGAUAGAAAUUGCUUAAAGAGUAAAGUUGAAAAAAAGGUCGAAGAUGUUUGUUGAGAAAAAAAAGCGCGUGUUUUUCAUAGUUUCUAACUUCAGUGAACAAAUGAACAGAAACGAAAAUUGAAAAGAUAGUUUUCAUAAAGGAAAAAGUCAAUAGAAAGAUCUCUGAGAAAAGUUUAAUUAGAGUCAUUAAUUGAUUUCAAGGAAAGUUACAAAGUUUUUUUUUUACAAUGUUUACUUUCGAUAUCUGGAAAAGAACCGCAAAAAAUGAGAAGUGAAAAGAUAACAGGGGAAAAAUGGACGAAUGUGGUCCACGCUUUUGAUUAAAUUUUUAAGAUACUUGAUUGUUGGACUCCUCUUUAAAUGCCUCGCUCUUUUUCGAAAUUGCCACAACUUUCAAAGGUUUCGCAAAAAUCUCAUAGAGUUCAUGAAAACAUAAACUUUGAUAGUUUCUAAUGUUAACUCACGUGGCUUGCACAUUUGCUUGAGAUCCUCGUUUUCAACGCAAUAUUCUGUGUGCGGGUCGCAUGAGAUGCUGCACAGAUCCAACGUGGGAACCCAGACCGGAUCGGCGAAAGGAUUUCCACCUGCGAAAUCAGUUCAUGAUAUUCCUUGAAACAGGGAUUUUCGUUCAAAUUUACUAGUUCAAAUAUGAUCACAUCAGAUUCCUUUCUGAAUUUUAAUAAACUUACAAAUUGCAGAAUUUUGGAAAAGGAAUUCUGAUAGGUCGUCGAAGUUCUGUUUUUUCUGUGAAAGUUGACACCUCGAUGUAUAAAUUUGCGAAAGGAGUAAAACCGAGGACAAUAAUUUCAUUCCUGAAAUAUAAUGAAUCUGAAUUUUAUUGAUAGUAACAGAGAAUUCACCCUACGAAAGGUAUGUGAGAAAAAAGAGAAUGUAUAUGAGUAGCGCCGAGAAAAGAUUUCUCCAUUUUACAAUGAAUGACAAGCCGAAAACCUGUUAUCCUCUUGUUUGUUGACUUUACAAAGCGACCCUGUUUUGCAUGAUUUGUUUCUUGACGAAAUUCCCUUCCUGCACGAAGAGAAACGACACCCAAACUUUCAGGUCAGACAGUUUUUCGAAUACAUCCGCUCGCUUUUGGUGGAACUCAAGGGUGCGGAGGCCUAUGAAACUCUGAAACAGCUCAAUGUUAAUGGAAAUAUCGACAAACUGACUGGAGUCGGUUUGUGCGAGACUUUGUUGGCGAACUUGGAUGCUAAAAGCGUGCAAAAAUGGAUAAAGGUGAUAUUUUGCUCCUUAAUCGUUGUUUCUGUAAUCGCUUUCCACAAAGCACUUUGGAAGUUUUCAGGAAUGGAAGGAAAAGUUGGACAGCGAAAGCCUCCGUCUGGUGAUGUCGGCCUUCCAGUCCUGGGACGACAUCUCCAAACUUUCGCUUCUGACGACGUUGGUCGAGAUGCCACCUACGCAGUCAACGCAGCUCGCUGCGGCCAACCUUGUCGACUCCCUCUUCUUCGUCAAGGUACUCUUCGAAGACGAUAUACGCGACAUUCUCGAGUUGGCUUCAGACACGUCCUGGAGAGUUCGCCUCGAUUCAUUUAUCGGAAAGAAACGAGAACUUCCUCAAGUCUUUGUUAUACUCUGCGUUCGGGAAAAACGAAGUCGAAAAUGCUCUGAAAGCUAUUUCCAAAUCCAAAAAGUUUUCGAGGUUUCAUUUUUUUUCCGGAAGGCAGCGAGGUUUUUCGUUUAGAGCUCUGUCUGUUCUUUGGCUGGUUGUUCGGUUUUGGUCAAAAGUCGCUUCCGAGGAAGAUGAUCGCAGUUCGUACGCAGCCGAUGCCGCAGAAAUCAUUACAAUUGCCUCCGAGGGCAAAAAACCUGAAAACACUAAGGUUGAAAAACUGACAUUCCAAAUUUGAUAUUCCGAAAUUGAGAUUUUGAUGGAUCUGCUCAUUUCUCUGCUCUCUCGACAACACAAGUAUCACAGAACGGCUGUCGCCUUCGCUUUCGCCCAUUCGUUGUCUUCGCUCUCAUCUGCCGAUGUCAUUCACAUCAUCGAGGUGCUCAUUCUUCGUUCUUUCGAAACUUGAUUUUUGAAUUCAAUCCCACAAAUCCAAGUUUUUUACUUUCACAGAAAUAUAAUUUUUGAGCGAGUUUUAUAUGAAAGUUCAAUUGUUUCGGGAAUCUUAUUAGUAUAUUAGUGGAAUUUUGGGUGGUAUGAAAUCAAAACCAGCGAAUUGUCGAUCGGCGACUUUUCCGAUUUUUUUCAUAUCGCUAAGGAACUUUCCGACUGCGACGUUUCCGACUAUUCACUUUCCAACUUUUUUUCUCCGUUAACUCUUUGUUUGGAAUUUUCCUUUAUAAAAAUAUUAAUAGAUAGUAUUUUUUUAUAGUUAAAACACGAAAAAAAGAGGAAAAACAUUGUAAAUAGAUCUUUUAUAAACCGAAAAAUACAAGGGAAAAAAGUCCGAAAGUUCCUUAAAAAAAUAAAAAAAAAUCGGAAAAGUCCCCGUUCAAAAAUUCUCUGAUUUUUUUUUCAGUGCAACCGAGUUUUUCUCGAAGUAUGUUUACGAAGAAAAAAAAAGAAAGUUUUAGGAACAAAAAAAGUCGACACAUUAGUUUUUCACGUUAAAUUUUUUCUGACUCAACUAAAUUUGCAGACAAUAUCAUUGGACGAUGAUAAAUUGAUGGAGAACGAGGAGAGUGAGGACGACGAAGAAAUGGACGUGAAUCAGAAAAACGUUUUGAGCGACGAAGAGGAAGAAGAUGAUGAUGAUGAUGAUGAGGAGGAGGAGGAGGAGGAGGAGGAGGAGGAGGAAGUGAAAGAGGAGGAAGAUGAAGACGAGGUUUUCCUCCGAUUCUGGAAUACAUAUAUAGAUUUGAGCAGGAAGAGAACGAGUUGCUCGUCGAAAAGCUGAACGAAGCACUGGGCGAGGCUGCUGCGCGAAGCGACGGAAGCGAGGAAGAGGUCCCUUUAGUGCUCUUAACAGUUAUUCGUUCCCCGGUUAAAUACUGCAAACAAGGGAGGUUUAUCAAUCACUGAAUGACAAUUUCAAGAUGUUUUUUGAUAGACCUCUUUUUUUCGCAAAUAUUUUUCGACUUCAUUUGUUUUUCAACCAACCUUUUGUAGAUGGACGAUCUUGACGACGAGGCGAUGAUGGCGAUGGAUGAAAAGCUGGCCGCCGCCUUCCGCGCGAUUGCUCCCGCCUCUAGAAAGUUGUUCUAAGCGUGUUUUAUUUUCUCAAAAACAUUGCUGUAGAAAGACGAAAUCGGAUUCCAAAACGGCAGACGCCCUCAAAAUGAAGCUGGCCGAUUUAUUAUUGAUUGCUCUCUCGUCGCAGGAAGCGUCAGACAGCCUGAAAGUGGUGCGUUUUAUCCGAGAACGUGCAAAAAGUUUUAUUUCCUUUGAAAGUUGGCUUUUUUAUCCGCAUUUCAAAGUGAGCUAUUUUUUUGUUUGUUUACUGUUUACUGUUUAUUGCACCUUCAAUGUAAGAAUACAUGUGCAAUCGACUUUCAUUGAUUUAACUAUGUUUUAAACGGCGGCAGGAGCUGUGGCUUAGGCAGAGAAGUUGUGAAUUUCGAUGUAGAACAUCAGGUACGAGAGAGGUCGUAGGAAGAUGUACGGUGCCGGCUUUCCAAGGGCCGAUGGCAGAGAUUGAGCCUUUUCGCUGCAUGCAGCUCCCAAUUUUAUAUACCCCGGAGGAAUGAAAGGCUUGGUCGACCUCGGGGGGACUCGAACCUACGACCUUGCGGACGUUAGUAAUGAGUUAUGCCAGCUGAGCUAUGCCGCCCCCUAUUGAUAGAAAUUAAUGAAACGAAAAAAUAAACAGGUCUUAAGAAGCUAAAUAAUUCUUGUCAUUGUCAGAAGAUUUUUCUUCGUAAAAAAAACGGAAACGUUCUGUCGAAGUGAAGGACUUUUUUUGAAGGGCCUCGUGAUUCCUCUCAUCCGCUGGGCUAAAAAAGAACUGAAGCUGAACGAUCGUCUCGCUCACCGAGCCGUUGAGCUGUUGCGUAUUGUUCCACGCUUGAAGGUUUUUUUUCAAUCGGGUUUUUUUUCAAUUUUUUUUCUGCUCUAGGUAACUGUGGAGGAUAAGGCGUUCGCCGAAGUUCUCAAAAAGAUCGUUUCCGAGAGUGAAAGUGUUUCCAACCCCGUUCUCAUUGAAGUCGUCGCAGCUGUCAUCGCUUCAAUAGUCAGUUUUUCUUUUUUCUUUGCCCUACCGGAAUUUAUAUCUAUAUCGGGAUAUAUCAAAUCAUUUAUUUUUUUUGUUUCAGUCAGAUAUAAUCGAAUAAGUUAAGAAGAACUUUUAUAGCUAACAACCGCCUUUGGCGAACUAGAAGUCCAAAGGUGUGUUGAUCAAGUUGAAAACAUGGUCUCACGGUCCCUCGCCUCGUUCUUCUACGCCUAGUUCAUCUAGUUGCGCCUUGACGAGCUCAGAAUGUAGCGGAUGUUGUGCUGGAGCCCGGAGCUCGUGCUUCAGGUCGAAGUCUCGAAACGAGAGUGACCACUCCGCGUUAAGACUUUACACGGAAUCAUAAAUACAAAAAACCUACUCGGACCACGGUAACGACACUCGCCCGGACGUUUCUGAGCGGUUCUAGGGAUGAACCUUCCGACACCGAGUAAAUUGAAAAAAAUACAGACAACUUGUGAUUUUCUAGCAACUAGUAUUGAAAAACUUUUUAAAUUGAAGUUUCUUUUUAUAUUCUGAGAAGCAACCGAAAACGCUACUUUUAAUAAAAAAUAUGUUUUGAUGCUUGAAAUUCCAUAAUUACUUGAGAACAGGUUUUUUUCAUUUUUUUAGUAAUUGAUAUUCUACUGCUCUGGUUUUCUUUUCUAAGUCUUUGGAAAAUAUUAUUUGCACUUCUCAUGAGUUUUCAGAUCAACGCGUCUGGCGCUGGAGACAACAGCAUCGCAAACGAAGUGAAGAAGGAAUAUUUUUCACUUUUCGAUAAAUUUGCCCAUCAACCAGAGGGCUCAGUGGCCAGUGAAUUUGUUAUCGUUCCUGUUCUCAAGUACCCGGUUUGGAAUUUUUGAAUAAUAUUUGUACCAACUUUUGUUAUCCAGAAGUUAUUCGCAGCUUAUGUCGAUAUUUUCCUCGAAGCUGCUUUCAACGACUCGAUCCGCAUUUUCAGAAGGGUUUGCUUGUUUGAGAAUAAUGAAAUAGAGAUGGAAAAAUAAUAGAGACCGCGGUUGGGCGAAGUUCUGCGUUUCGCCCUUUUUUUGGAAUUCGCAAAAAAAUAAAAAAAUAACUACCCGUUUCAUGAUGUGGUUUCUCAGAAAUAUAAUUUGAUUUUUUUCAAACUUUUUGGUGUCCGAUAACUUGUUUUCACCACCUGACUGUCCAAAAAAAUAUCAUUUCAAGAGAAAAAAAUACAUAAAUGUCAUGUUUACAAUUAAAAAAAGUUUGUACUCACUUUUGUACUGAGGAAAUCGUUAAGUUUUCUGAUAGAAACUCUUUGCUUCAUCAAAAUUGUGGUUUUCUAUAUAUAAAUUCCGGUGCUGUUAUAGAGAGGCUUAUUUUCCCAUGUGAUUACAAACGAGGUAUCAUAUUUUUAUGUGAGGCCAUAGUCGUCCGCGUAAUCAUUCUGAAGCAAAAAAUGUUGCAGACGGAGAUUCUGAACGCAGCGACGGUGAUUUUCGAGCGCAGCAACGCUGACUUUUCUCGCUCUGGAAAAGAAGCACCGAUGAUAGCCGUGAAGAAAUCUUCGCAAUACUUGAAAGCAGUUACUGAUAACGAUACGGAGGUGAGUUUACGGCUUUUUACUUUUUACUUUUUUUAAUUUUCUUGUUAACUCAAUCAAGAUGGACAAUUCUAGAAUUUGAAUCUCAAUCAUCUUUUUCCUGUUUGACUCAUCAGUUCCGACAGUGCCAACAAAAUAUAUCUCACUGUACAGAAUUUGACCAUUAAAAGUGAACGUAAACAAAAACCUAAAAGUCAGGAUAAAAUUAAUUGAGAAAAGUUUUUGUCAGUUCAAAAACAACAACAAAAAGUUUUAUUCAAAGAAUGGAAUUUAAUAACUAACAUAUUUUCUUCCUAAUAUUAUUGCACAAAUCGGUUGAAAACCGUUAUGAAAAAUGUUCGACUCAUAAAAAAAGUUCAAUCCUCAUCAUUGUCACGAAUCUUGAAAUUCGCACUCUUCCGGUUCUCUAUAGUCUGUUCGGAUUUCAAAUGUCAAGCAGCUAACUCCGUCCCUGCUGUCAUAGUACCUUUUCGCGUCGAUUUUUCAUCGCGCGGGACUGAUUUUGAUCUUUUUUGAUCUAAAAGAUAGAAGAAGAAGUCACAAAUGCAGGUUUAUUAAAGGGCCAUCGUCAUCUGUAAACAAAACAUUGACGCGAAAAAUAUUGCAGCUUCGGGGGUGGAGUUAGCUACUUCUUCGUCUUCUUAUUUUUCUUCUUCUUCUUCUUUUUCAAGAAGGAGUUAGCUACUUGACAUUCAAAAUUUGAACAGACUAUACAUUCCUUAUUUGCCACGAAAUGAAGAGCUGAAUACAGGUGAAACCGAGGUUUCUGGCUAACGUGUUGCGACUUUUGAUGAACGUUUCGAACUUGUUGUGCCAUGACGAAAAGUCCCAAGCGAGAGUGGCUUCCAAGCUGGAGAGUCUACUCGUCAAGCUUCUCGAGUCACAAAAAUUGAAAAACACAAAAUCGAAUUCAGUCUGCCAACAGGUGAGCUUUUCGUGUUUUCUCUAUAGGCGAAUCGAGAAAGGGUAUCGCGAGACCCUCUGAGGUAUAUCGCAGGCUCUGAAGUCUCACGAUGGUAUCUCGAAGAUACCUCUGAGGAUCUUGAGCAAAAUGAGAGGGGGUUGAGAGAGACUCUGAAGUACCUCCCAGUGGGCUCAGAGAUAGCUGAAAGGUAUGCCGGAGGUCUCACGAUGGACACAUUAUGGGGCCUUCACGAUCAAUUUUGAGAGGUACCUUUGUGGACACAUCAUGGUACUCUCUCGAUUCGCCUGUGUCAAAUCGCAUGAAAGUUUUUUUCAAUGUUAAUUUUUUGUUUUCAGAUUUGUGGAAAACGGAUCGACGGAGUGAUAGCAAAAAUAAAGAAAAAUUUGGAUAUUUAA